AGCUGCAGCUCAUUGCAAAUGCCGCAUAUCAAUUCGUUUUCCAGUUCUGUCAAAACCCAUAAUCACUCCAUAUCAAUAAUAAUAAAUAGAACCCCCUGCUCUAUAAAAAGGGCUUGAUGAUAACCAGGAACCCCCCUGCGUUUUCAACCCCCACAUGGUGAAUCCUCCAGCAACCCCAUGAACCUCCCAUCCCCAAACAUGAAGUCCCUCAGUGAUGUGAGACGACCGAAGGAUCUGAAAAGAAAACGUGAUGAUAGUAAUCACGACGUGCGACUUGAUAAACAAUUAAAAGUGACUGAUUUUGAUACGAACAGUAGUAUUAACCUAGACAAUAAUGUGGUGGAGAGUGCGGGAUUUUUCGAUGAGUACUGUCAGAUAUUGUUGAAGGACAGCACUCCGAGCCAAGGGGCUGUCAUUGAUGAUGACUUGUUGGGUGACAAGGGACGAGACAUAUUCAAUGAGAUGAAUCCUGCCCUGGUGAGGGUACCCUUAGCAAUGAGACUCAAGGCCUGGGCCGUUAGAAACUCGGAGAACCUUAGAAUUGAGGUUAUUGACGAUCUCCUGACUAUUCUGAGGGACGAGGGAUACCUAGAUCUUCCUGACAGUGCUGUGGCACUUAUGGGAGGAGAGGGACCAUCAGUGGCGCCUGAGGGAGCCAGAGACGAUGCCCUCACCGACGGAGACCUGGAGAAGGUCGACGUUUGGAUAAAGAAAGAGGAGUCCAGUGAAUCGAUGUGGCCAAAUGAUGACAACAACAGUUCGGAACCACUGUCUCACGACGAGAUCGAGGCCAAUAUCAAGAACGAUAUUAUCUGCCCGGACUUUGCUGUCACUGAUUUCAUGUCUGAUGACAAUCACAAGGUGAAGGAUGAACAGAGGGGAAUUGGGGGGGAGGGUGAACCAAAAUUUUGCUCGGUUAUGAAGGGGGAGCUUCAGAAGAUGGAGCAGAAGUGGGCGAGACAGCUCGAGAGCACGAAAAGAAGUCUGCUUUAUGAUAUGGUGAGGAAGUACGAGGAUCUCAAGAACAGGAUUGGCCUUUCUACGAGAGCUUUGGGCACCGGGUUUACCGAUGACAGAGAGGUUCUUGGAAUUAAACUGCCCUUCCUGGAUGUCGAUACGUUCCGAGAUUUUGAUGAGGGCAUUGCUGAUAAUCCGGAAAAGGAAAUUGCAAUGAAAUCAUUGAUGACAACUUUAUGUUUCGGAGCUACAUCACUCAGUAACAGUAUUGGCUGUACCUUAUCAGCAAUUUUAGCAAAGGACGUACAAAUGCAAUAUAGUGCAUGUGGAAAAAAAAUCAGAGGAAUUAAGAAAUUAAAUUUUGGAGACACGAAUACAUUUAGAUAUUUCAAAGAUGUUUUGAGAGAGAAACAUGGCACGAGUGAUGCCGAAAUCGUCUCGAAAACAAGUCGCUGGUUUACAGGCGCUGGGGAUCGUGAUGGAGGCAGGAAAGAGCGCAGGAAAUGAUCAAAAUAUCCCGCUCCUGAGAUUAAUUGGCAGCCACAUCGAUAAGUGAUAAGCAAUUUUUUGUAGAAAAACUACAAAAUAAGAAAAAAAUAUAUAAACCUUGUACAGAAUAAAAUAUUUUACUUAGGCGA